CAGCAGCAGCAGGGAGGCCAGGUGGAACAUAGGGGCUGUCACAAUGCACACAUACAGUAGCUGAAUAAGCAAAGCGAAGCCUGUCAGAACCUGCUCCGUUGUGUCUUUCCACGUGUCUUAACAAUGUAGAAUAGGCUUACAUUUAGACAGCCCUCAGGAGGCAGGGCUGAGAUUUGAGCAACUCCUUUUAAAGCCAGUCAUACAGCUAGUCUCUUUAAAUCAGCCUAAACCGUUCCACCAUGUUUGUGUCUUUCAUUCUGCUAUGGAUCUGUGUGUUCUUCUUCAUUCUCUGUCUGAAAUGCCAGAGACCAAAGAACUUUCCUCCAGGGCCUGCUCCAUUGCCGAUACUCGGGAACCUGUUGAGCCUCAGCCUGGACAACCCCAUCAGGGAUUUUGAGAGGCUGAGGAAGUGCUAUGGAAACGUCUACAGUAUCUUCCUGGGACCCAAACCGGCCGUCAUCAUCAAUGGGGUUCAGGCCAUGAAGGAGGCAAUGAUGACCAAAGCUGCUGAUUUUGCAGGACGACCCCAGGACAUAUUUGUCAGUGACCUCACACAGAGCGGAAUGGUUCUGGCGGACUACGGUCCCAGUUGGAAGGAGCAUCGCCGCUUUGCUCUGAUAACCUUGAGGAACUUUGGUCUGGGGAAACAAUCGAUGGAGCAGAGGAUUCUGGGAGAGAUGCAUUACACAGUGGACACACUGGAAAGGAGCAUUGGUACAACGAUGAGUCCUCAGGUUAUGUUCCAUAACGCAGCCUCCAACAUCAUCUGCCAGGUUCUGUUUGGUACGCGGUACGACUACGACGACAGCUUCAUCAAAGUGGUCGUUCAGUGCUUUAAAGAAAACUCUAAGAUAGCUAAUGGACCCUGGGCUAUGGUGAGUAACAGCAUGUUUGCCAUCUCACGGUUGUGUGACGACAAAUACAAGGACUUGAGGAAACAAGCGAAGAAGCGGUCAGUGAGCGCAGACAACCUGACGGUGGUGCGGUGGUGUCCGGCCAUCAUUUCCUAA